AUGUAUGACCAUGGGGACAAGAUCUCAUCAGAAGGAGGAAGCCAGAAGAUGUGGAUGUUCCUCAUUUUGGCCCUUUUCUCAGGCGCCAGUGCUGCCACCGUGACGGGUCCCCGCUCCGUUUAUGGCAAGACCGGCGAGUCCGUCUCCGUGCCCUGCAGCUACGAGCCGGGCUACGAGCUCUACCCCAAGUGCUGGUGCCGCCGGUUCUUCCACUUCUGCAUCGCACCCAUCCUCUGCACCAACGACACGGAGAGCUGGGUGAGGGAAGGCCGGGUGUCCAUCGAGGACGACCGCACAUCGCGCACCUUCACGGUGACGCUGUGGAGCUUGGUGCCGGCCGACGCGGGUCGCUACUGCUGCAAGGUGCCCAAGGUGCUGUGGUUCGACCCGUGCCACGCCACCAAGCUCAUCGUCUCGGCAGCCGUUCCGCACAUGACAGGGGCCGGCAACCUGGCAGCGGAGCCACGGCCUGGGGACAGGAGCCGCUUUGCGCCCUCCGCUCCGUUCCCCACAGGCUUCAUGGAGCCUCCAGUGCUGUCCCAGCUCAGCACCACCUACUUUCUGCUCUUCCUCGGCGCCAAGGUGCUCGUGGUGCUGGCCUUGGGGCUGGGCCAGUUGUUCACUUGCUACAGUGGCGGCUGCCUGGGGGUCACGUCCCCAUGGUGGUCCCACAUGCAUCACAGCCACUUCGCCACCAUGGAUGAGCACUCCUGGGGCACCUUCCAUGGCACCGUGUGGAAUGUGUCCCACGAGGACACCAGCACCACCUCCGCGAGGCCACACUGCACUGGAGGGAUGUCAGCCAUGCCAGGGAGGUGA